AGAUCUUGUGGUUUCCCGCCCACGGGUGGUGCCUUGAAUGUGCUGUAUGCUGAAACGCUGCUCUCACCCAGUGUUGAGUCUGAAGGGUCCCUGUCUACAGGGGUUGUGACUCUGAAGGCGCGAGCUACCAGGCGAGUAGCUGUCAUUUGAUGAGAAGCCACACCUUUUACCAUUUGACCACUGGAUUUCCAAUUAACACUGGCCUUGGAUUAUCUUCAAAAUAACACGCACAUUUUUUUUUUAGUUUUUAGUUUUUAAAUUUCUUUUGAAUACACAAAAAACGUCUGAGAUAAUGGGGUCCCAGGCAUCCAAGGGAGAUGUAGCCACGGAGGCAAAUGCUGCUGCUGCUGAUUCUUCAGCUGUCAAAUCCAAUGGACAGGUAUUCAUGAUUCAUCCCAUAGCCAUCCCUUUGUUUUUAACGCUGGAGAUGAGUAGAAUAUGAGAGAUUGAAAGUACGCUCCUCUCUCCAAAACAAAAUAUGACAUUUCAGUCAAUGAAGAGUGGAUUAUUAAACUUAAUGAGGAGGACAUAUUUGGAAGUCUGGUAGGGCGUUUUGGCAUCGGUACCGACGGACUGGUAACAGAACAUCAAAAAGACAACGUGGUGUCAUUUGGAUCGAAAGAAUGAAUUAGAUGAAGUGAAACGCGUGUAUGCAAAUCUUUUUUUAUUAUUAUUUUCUUAAGCUACCUCAAGCAGUUGGUUUUCGUGUAUGACUGAGACCUAACCUAAAUUCCGCAGACCGAGUUUGAUAGUUUCAGGCUUAGGGGGAGGGGGACAGUUUGGACGCACGUAGGCAGUCUACCUCUCCUCCCUUCAACAAAAGCCUGGUCCCGUUUUCUCGUUAUUCUCGAUUUGGUAAAUUUAAUCUAGGGGGCUGCAAGCUCAAUUUUCUCAUUCAUUUAGUAGUUUUGGCUGUCCUUGAGUGGUUGAAAUAAUUUUCAAUUAGAUUGAUAUCUUCUCCCACCAGUGAAGACAGAUAUUGACCCUGCUCAAGCAAUGACUGUAUUUUAACCUGAAAUUUAAACCGUAUUUAUUGGAUUAUAUUUUAAAAAAAAAAUUAAACAAAAACAGAAGUGUGUUUCAUUUCUCCAUCAGUAUGCUUAGCCUCGUCUUUGUUAAGUCAGUCUGUCUGGUACCUGAGGUCUGACGUCUAUGAGGCGCUACCACCGCCUAUUGCCAAAUGUGGAAACUGCAAGGCGUCGCCUCAGCCUGUGACACGGUGGUUUAUUCAUGAGCAUGUAGAUAGCUUCAAAAUUAAUUACCAGCUUCUAUUGGCCCACCCUUUAUAUUGUACAUGGUCAGUGUGAAAUAUUUUUUUACUCAAAUACAAUGUUCUGGAUUAAAGUGGAUGUUGGGAAACAUAACCUAUUUUUAUUUUUUAUUUUUUUUUACAAUCCUUUGUAGGAGAACGGACAUGUGAAAACCAAUGGUGAUGUCUCUCCAAAGCCUGAUGGGGAUGCAACUGCAACCAAUGGCUCUGCCGAGGCAGCCAGGGGUUCUGAGGCCAGUGAAGGAGGCGAUGCUAUUGAGCCGGCACCACCUGCAGAUAAAGAGGAGGUCAAACCUGAAGGAGAGUCUACAGCUAAGGAGACACCUAAAAAGAAGAAAAAGAAGUUCUCCCUGAAGAAGACAUUUAAACUCAAACUGAAUAUAAAGAAGGGCAAAAAGAGUGAAGCUGUGAAAGAAGAAGUUGCAACAACCACCACACCAGCUGAGGAGAAGCCUGCGGAAGAGGAGAAAAAUAAGGAAUCGAAGGAGGAGGUUCCUACUGCAGCUGAGACUCCAAAUUCAGAGAAGGGGCUGGCUGAAGGGGAGGCCGCCAAGGAGGAGGCCAAAGAGGCUGUUGCACCUGGCCCUGAGAACAGCUCGACCCCCUCUGCCUCUGAAAAGAAAGAGUGAUUGACCAUUAUCUCACAGAAAACGAAAGGAACUUUUUUCGUGCUAAAGAAAGUCUAACAGUGUAUAUUUUAUACAUACACACACAUACAUAUGUAUGUGUGCGUGCGUGAGUGUGUGUGUGUAUGCAUUCAUGGGUAAAUUGAUAUAUGUUUAUGUAAAUACACAUGUAUAUGAACAUGAAAUGUGCCACUUUUUGUUGUGAUAAGACAGACAAAGAUUCACUAGAUCACCUCCCUGCUUACUGUUAUGUUAUAUAGAACAAGUGGAUGGGGAAGAAUGAUGACCAAGUAUCUCUCCUUCAAAAUCUGUAGCCCAGUUUGCUUCCAUCCUAAAGAAAUGGGCCUUGAUAAGACACCAGAACACUGCCACCAUCACUUUAAAUGAUUUUUAAAAGGAAUACAUUUCAAACCCAAAUAAACAGACUUGCCACAUUUUUACAGUCUGACAAGUUUUAAAUGCUAUUAGGUGCAUUACAGAGAACCCUCUUACAGAUUCAGAAAAGCUAUUAUUCGUUAAAGACAAAAGUAGAAAACUGUGAUUAUUAUUUUACUAUAAAAAAAGAGCACUCAGCUCGCUUUGUUCACUGCUGCAGUUUGAUAUGAAGCAGACAUGUUUAUCUAUUGUGUGUAAGCCUGAAUCUAUUUUGUCUCUGUUAAUAUUGGAUUGAUUUCUGUUCUUUAUUUUGCUUAUGUUUCCAGAUGUUACUGGUUUUAUCGUAAAGUUGAUAAUGGUAAAUAAAUCUUGGUCUUCUGCCAAUUUGUGUCUUCA